AUGCUCAGAAACGAGUGUUUGCGAUAUCGUAAACCUUUGACACUCGAGAUGCAUGCACUUCGCUUGAUUCGUUUCGUAUCGAGAAGUUCUUCACAGCAAAUCAGAUAUUACACGCCAUUCGGGAGCCAUACGACUGGCAACGAUCCAGAAACACUGGAGAAAGGAAAGGAGAAAGUGCUCAAAGCGAGAAAUCUCAUCAAAAAUGCUCCAGGAUGGAAGGAGGAACUUGCGUCUGACAGCGAAGCCGCAGUGAAAGCCGAUCGCGGCCCGGAUCCAGACUCCCUCAAGGUUCUCCAAGAAGAGACCAUCGAUGCUAUUCAUUCAUCCAAGAACGACGCUGAGACAGACGCUGUCAUUAUUGAGCGUGUGAUCGAAGAAGUCAAAAUUCGAAAGACUGCGUAG